AUGCCACCAAACGUCCCCGCGGAUGAUUCCCACCAAAAGCUGCUUGACCAGCUUGACAUCACCCGCACACCCCGCCCAUUCCGCAAUCCACACUGGAAGCCAUCCGCUCGCCGCAACAAGAACGUCAAGCAGAUCCUCUCAGAUACACCGUCAGGAUCUAUUCCAAAGCCCACCAAUAUCGCACAGGCUGCGCAGAGCUUGUCUACCCUUGUUCUCGAAAAGAACUUUAACCGGGCAAUGUACGCCACAGGCCCUGCUGUGACGUACACUAACAUCGAAUCGGCCCCGUCGUUACAUUCCGCGCAGCAGAAACAUUAUUGUGACAUUACGGGUCUUCCCGCGCCCUACAGAGACCCGAAAACGAGGCUACGAUAUCAUGAUAGAGAAGUGUUUGGAGUGGUCCGAUCGUUGGGUCAGGGCGUGGCGGAAAGCUACCUUGAAGCGAGAGGAGCGCACGUUGUACUGAAAUAA